AUGACUGCAAUUCCAAUUCCCACCCAUCGCUCCCUCUCCUCCCCAAUCAACAUCAUGCAGUCCCCAUUCAACUACCCAGACUCCUACUCUUCCUCCUACUCCUCCUCACCGGGCAGCAUGGACUUCUUCUUCUACGGCGGCCAGCCCGUCUACGAUUCCCUCUGCGACCUCGACGCAACCAGUCCCUUCCCUAUGCAAGAGGUCGCCCCAGAACUAUACAACGUCACCAGCUCACCCUACACCUACCAAACACCACACGACUACCCGGUCUUCGACCGACCCACCAUGCCCCAGAGCACACCCAGCAGCUGUGGCAGCAGCUACAGCAGUAGCUACAGCAGCAGCUUCACCUUCCCCUCCGAAGACAUCGCGCUACCAACCUACCCCAUCAGCGAAUACGAAUCCAACGCGGAAUCGCCAGCGCCUGCAUCCAAACCAGCUAAGCCCUUUGGCUGCGACAACUGCGGCAAGUCCUUCACCCGCUUCGCAGACUUGAAGCGCCACCAGUCCAGCGUCCACUAUCCCGUCUUCCGCAAUUGCCCCGUCGAGCACUGCUCGCGGAAGGGUAGCAAUGGCUUCCCGCGCCAGGACCACCUCGUCGAGCACCUGCGCUCGUACCACCACAUGGACGUGCCGAAGCGCGGUGCCUGCAAGCGCUCUGCGAAGCAAAUCUCAUGA